UCAGGUGGAUGGACUCGAGGCUGAGGGUUGCCGUGUCGAUGAUGGGCAUUUGUUUGCUCCAGAAGAUUUUUCUUGCAAUUAUUGAAGAUUGUUUAUAGGAUGUUGGCGUCUGUUAUCUUCUCGAAUGUUGUGUAGUAGAAAGAAGUCACAAUCUAGCAUUAAAUGCAUACAAAUCGUUUGAUGCUCAUACCAAUGCAUUCAAGCUAGGCCGGAUUUAGGCCAUCCGACGUAGUAACUUGAUACAAAGCAACUUACUUAACGCUAUAAACUUGACGUCAUACGCAAACUGAGAAUAUGGCUUCAAAAGUAGAUUUAAAAGUUGUAUUGCUUGGAAAAGAAUAUGGUGGGAAAACAAGUUUGGUGGAGCGCUUCAUAAACAGUAGAUUCAAUGAAGACUUGCCAUAUCAAAACACCAUUGGUGCUGCCUUUGGUGCAAAAUCUCUCACUGUAGGUGGAAAUAAAACAGUAACUUUAGGAAUUUGGGAUACUGCUGGUUCAGAAAGAUAUGAAGCCAUGAGUAGAAUCUACUAUCGUGGUGCAGGAGCUGCAAUUGUUUGUUAUGAUUUAACAGACCUAGCAAGCUGGGAAAGAGCAAAAUUUUGGGUGAAAGAAAUAAAUUUGCACCAAGAGAGUUGCAAAAUAUACCUUUGUGGAACAAAGAAGGACCUGCUUAAACAUAAGGACAGGGGCAUUGACUAUCAUGAUAGUGUUGAAUACGGAGAUUCAAUUGGUGCAAAGGUGUUUGAGACAUCAAGCAAGACAGGAGAAAAUGUUGAUGAGCUAUUUCAAGACAUUGCAGAUGAGUUUUAUGCUAUGCCAUUACCAGAAACAAAACCAGAAAAAGAGAAGCUUGACUUGAGCAUGUCAAAGAUGAAUCAAAAUAAACAAUGCAGUGGUUGCACAAGUGCUUUACCAUGGAAUUGGAGCAAGUAAUAGCGCUGAAUAUUUUGACUUCAACAUUGGUUUAUGUAUUUGAAUAAAUUUUGUUGUCUUAACUUGAUGUUUAAGCAGGAUUUAAUAAUUAAAAAGAAUUCAAGUUUCUUAUGUAUGAGAAUUAGUUUUUGUACAUUUAUUAUUAAUAGCUCCUUAGGUUUCCAUGGUCUGAAAGUGCAUUUUCUGUAUUGCUAACACCAGGUUUAACUGCAAACAAAAGUCUGCAACAGACUGUACAAUACAGUUUGGCUUCAGAUAUAAAAUUCUCAUUAUACAAAUGACAAAUCAAUGCAGUAUGAUUUAUCCUUAGAUUUAAAGCUUCAAUAUUGACAAUAUAAAUAAAAAAGCUCUGUUUCUUAGGUUUACCAUGAAUCUCCAAUUCACAAAAUUUAUGAAAAUGCCAAGUUUCCAACAACUCUUUGUUGCUUUUGUUGUUAUUACCACAACUUUUUAUAAUAUCCAUUAGUAUUUUAUAUAUUACAUCAUCAGAUUUUCUAUUCAUAAAAUAGUAGGUCCAGAGUUGACAGUGUGCUUCAAUGUCAACAUAGGCCAACUGCAGCAAACAAUUGUGUAAUUCAGGACUUCUUUGUCACAAUACUAGGAUAUAUGGUUUUUUAAAUAUCUUUACAUUGUUGUGGUUUGGUUGCUGAAAAGAAUGCAUGGUAAUAUACAAUGGUAAAAGUAAUUUCCAAAAUGCAAAGUUUUGCAGUUAAAGACAGUCCAUUAGGAACAUCAGGAAUUUUGUUGGAAAUAAAAACCCGAAAUCUGUGAAAAAUAAGCAAAAUUACAAAUUUAGUUAUAGAUAAUUUACAUUUUUAGAUUGUAAAAUGGCUGUCUAAUUUUGAAUCACAAUAUAAUAAUUGCAGUUAUCGUUCGAAGUAUGUUUACAAUGAUACUAGGAUUUAUUUAUAUAGAUAUGUAUAAUACAA